AACUUGUGGUCUUCAACACAUCGACACUUCCUAACCCCAAACAAGAAAAACGAACAAAAAAAGAGAAAGAAAAAAAAACCCUCCAUAUUUGUUUGGUUUUAGUUAGUCCACCGCCAGGGUCUCUACAGUACAUUUGAAGCCUUCAUUAUUGAUUCUUCCCUCCUUUCUCUCCGUCUCUUUCUCUCUGCCCCGUGGUCAAUGAUCAAUACGCCUACGCUCUGAAAUCCAUUUAUUGGAACCCCCUUACUAAAAAGUCCAAGCAAGCCAGCAAAGCCCUGGACUUUCCUUCUGUCCACCAUUACCAUUCCUCUCACUGGGACGCCAAAAUGGAGAAUGCAAGCGAAAUGGCGAUUACCCAGAUGAGGAAAUCGGUGGAGAAGCUCGGUUCUUCGACUGAGAAAUACAAAGACCCAACCUUGAUGAGGUUCCUGAUUGCAAGGUCCAUGGACGCCGACAAGGCUGCAAAGAUGUUUGUUCAGUGGCAGAAAUGGAGGGCAUCUUUUGUUCCAAAUGGGGUUAUAUCAGAUUCCGAAGUCCCUGACGAAUUGGUAGGUAAGAAGGUUUUCUUACAGGGGUUAUCAACAGAGGGAUACCCACUUGUGAUUGUCAAAGCAAGCAAGCAUUACCCAUCUAAAGAUCAGCUUCAAUUCAAGACUUGGCUUUAUUUUCUGCAUUGCCUCUAUGCUAGUUUGACUUCAAAUGAUCAAUUACCUGAUUAUAUCAUCUGUUUGUCUUUUGAUACAGAGUUUGUUGUUCAUCUGCUGGACAAAGCUAUAGCCAGCUCAAUCAAGGCAAGGGAAGUUGGAAAUGAGAAGUUGAUGGCCAUCUUGGACCUGCAGCAAAUUGGAUACAAGAAUGUGGAUGCUCGUGGGUUAAUCACCGGCUUCCAGUUUUUGCAGGCUUACUACCCGGAGCGCUUGCACAAACUGUACAUCUUAAACAUGCCACGAUUCUUUGUGAGCGUAUGGAAGAUAAUUUCGCGAUACCUUGAGAAGGCGACGUUAGAGAAGAUAAUGAUAGUUACCAACGAUGAAGAGGCGAGAGUUUUCGUGAGGGAAGUCGGGGAAGAGACACUGCCAGAAGAAUAUGGAGGCCGCGCUGAGCUUGUGGCUAUCCAGGAUGUCACGUCGGCGUUUCCUCCAUUGGAAGGUUGAUUUUUUACCGCGAGACAGAAGAAUUAGUUAGGCAGAUUGCAAUGGAAGCAUAGCUAUGGCGCAUCUUGCAACCGUGUAUUGGCUGGGCAGCUUUGUCAAGUUAACUUGCUUCACAAGACAUGGUUAGUACCUACUGCACAUUCAAUAAAGGUGUUGUUAGCAUGGCUAGUUCCAAAAUGAUCAACACACUGUGGACUGUAAUUAUGUUAACUCUAAUUAUAUCAGUUGGAAGUCCUCAUCAAAAAAUUGUCUGAGUUGGAAAAGUAUAGAUGGAUGGUCUGUCAUAUUCUUCUUCCCCAUGUUGAACCUUACAUAUUUGUUAACGAGAACAAACCUUUCUCAAUCUG